GGGGGCGCGUGGUUGGUCUUGUCGUCAAUGGGUAUUGGUUCGUUUUGUUUUGAAUAUCUCGUAAUGAACGGUAACUAGAAGCUUUAGUUAGUUCCGCAGACGAAAACACCGAUGAGGCUACUCAGGCUCAACAGGAAGCGAUCGAAAAAGAUAUGAAGUCUACGUGCCUAAUUUCUGCAAUACUUCCACUUUCGACACUCGAUGAAGACUUCACUGGCCAUUUAGUUUACUUGGAAAAACUAAAGCUUAUGAAACAAAAUUACCGAGGGAUUCGUCGACUUCGACGUGAUGGAAACUGCUUUUAUCGAGCAUUUGGUUUUGCGUAUAUCGAGUACCUGCUAAAUGGCAAGCUAAUUAAAGAAGCUGGGAGAUUCAAGAAGAAGUGUGACGAGUGUAAAGAUACACUAAUUGCUAAUGGUUAUACCCAGUUUACUGUGGAGGAUUUCCAUGAACAGGUAGAUGAUUAUGAAUUAUCAUUUAUUUCUUAAAAGUACUUUCUAAUGUGCAAGUGUUUUAAAUACGUUUUCCUAUAUUUUAUCCUUUUGGGCACAAAAGCACCCGAACGCACGAUGCCGAACCUCUGCAUUACUAACAUGGUGUUGCCACUGGAUGUCAGCGAUCCUUCAGAGACAAAGAUGAUCAAACACAGAGAGUCGUCUAACAUCCUCAAUUCGGAGAGGCCAAGUUUCACAAGCAUAGAGCAAAACUGCUCUCACCGAUGCGUUGUAGAUCCGACCUUUUACAGCCAGAAUAACAUCACGAAGGCGCCAAAGAUGGCCCAGAUUGGCAUAAGCCGCUCUGGCUUUUACUAUACGUAAAUUAAUCUCAUCACUCACGCCACCACCAGCACUUAUGUAGCUACCUAGAUACACGAACUUCCAAACUACUCCAAUCUGAUCACCACCCAGGGUGAGUACAGGAUUAGAAUCCUGUGAGUCUUGUACCGUACUUGCGGACACUGAUUGCCAACUGAUUAAGUGCGGAUUGCAUGACUUGGGCACCAUCGCAAAGUAAGACAAUAUCAUUCGCAUACUCAAGGUCGAGAAGUCUUUCUCCAGGCAACAAAUCAACACCAUUACUUACAUCUAUCAGAGUUGUCUACAGAAUGUCAUCGACGGCAAAGUUGAAGAGGAAUGGUGAGAUUGGACAACCCUGCCUGACCCCACUGUUGGUAUGGGACAAUGAAGCGAGGUAGUUGUAUGUCCUCAUUCUGUGUGAGGUGUUUGUAUAUAGGGCCUUUAAGAUGUUAAUAAACUUCCCAGUCACACCCUUCAAUAGACAAUCCCAGAGAACAGUCCUGUCCAACUAGUCGAAGUCAGCCCUGAUAUCAAGAAACACUGCGAUUGUUGGCCUGUGAUAAAUAUGACGGUGUUCUAACAUUUGAUGGAGGGUGAAGAUAUGAUCAAUGCAUCCUCGACCAGAACGAAAACCAGCCUGCUCCUCGCGAGUCAAUCUUUCUCAGGUUUUAAACAACCUACGAAGAAUGACAGAAGCCAGUAGUUUGGACGCACUCGGAAGUAGACUUAUCCCCCGAUAGUUGUUACACAAACGACGUGCCUCUAAAUGCCCUAGUACGGCCGAGAGUGGGGAGGUCCCACCCUCUCAAAAUUCUCUUACACGGCCACGCGUAUACAGCCUCUGUCAGGGAAGUUCUACUCACUACCUUCUCGUGACGGUGGUGUUGUUUACGAAAUUGAGAGGAGGAAAAGCGAAUUUCCGGCGCUUUAACCGGGUUGGUUGACACGAAAAGUCUGCCUCGGGGAGUUGAAAACCCUGAUUCCAAACCAAUGGUGUUCAUGGGCUCCAGUAUCCUGAAGGACCAAAUGACGUAUGAACCAAUU